AUGGCCCGACGAUCGUCUCGGCCCGGGCCCGCAGAAGUGCCUAAGUCAGCGCCAAAACGACGCGCCUCUGCACGACUGUCCGCCCCACAGGGAGAGAUCAAAAGAAUCAAGUCAAAUAGCGCAUUGACGGACUCGGUGAAAUCCACCAGCAAGAAAAGCAAGUAUUUCGAGCCAGAGAGCUCCGCGGAGCCGGAGCUGAAUUCGAGUGACUCCGACGGUGGGGAUUCGGGCUCCGCUUAUGAGGAGAAAGAAUCAGAAGACUCACCGACUCCGGAGGUAGAAUUGGAGGCCUCCGAGAGCGACGAAGAACCCCGGGGCAAGGGUAAGCAGCAACGAAGUGGCACGUCUGCCAGCAGUCUCAAGGGCAAGGAGCUUUGGCGCGAAGGUGUUCGUACAGGACUAGGACCAGGGAAGGAGGUUUUUAUCGCAAAACCCCAGGCCCGAGAUGCUGGGGACGUGCCAUAUGAAGAUGAGACGCUGCACCCGAAUACGAAACUGUUUCUGCAGGACCUGGCCGAGAACAAUGACCGCCAAUGGCUGAAAGCGCAUGAUCCCGAUUUCCGCGCGGCAAAGAAAGAUUUUGAGACGUUUGUUGAGACGUUGUCCGCGAAGGUCUCCGAGGUGGAUAGCACUGUCCCCGAGCUUCCCAUGAAGGAUCUGAUUUUUCGCAUUCAUCGGGAUGUUCGGUUUAGCAAGAAUCCUCUUCCAUACAAGAUUCACUUCUCUGCUGCAUGGUCCCGCACUGGCAAAAAGGGCCCAUAUGCAGCGUACUAUGUCCACUUCCAACCUGGCUCCAGCUUCGUGGGUUGUGGUCUCUGGAACCCUGAGGCCGAUGCACUGGCGGCGCUUCGAGAGGACAUUGACACGUACGCAGAUCAAUGGAAGGAGGUGCUCCGAGCACCCGAGAUGCGUCGAGAGUUUUUGAAGGGAGCUCGUGCCGAGGAUGACGCGGUUGUGAAAGCCUUCGCGCAUCACAAUAGAGAAUCUGCACUCAAGACCAAGCCCAAGGGCUACGAGGCUGACAAUAAGAAUAUCGAAUUGCUUCGAUUACGAAGCUUCACGAUCGGACGACCCAUCACUGACACGGAAAUCAUGGCAGCGGAUGCGCAGGACCGGAUCGUCGCGCUGAUUGGGGUUAUGGAGCCCUUCGUGACGUAUCUCAACAGUGUUGUGAUGCCCGAUCAGUAA